AUGGGCGACGAGGCAGAUGACAUAAUAACAUCGUUUGGUCUCAGCGAACAAGAAAUGAAAAGCUACGAAACAGUUCGAGACAAGUUUGAAAAUCACUUCAUCGCCAAAGAAACGUUAUUUUCGAAAGAGCAAAGUUCAACGUUGGAAUUCAAGACGAAAACGAACCUGUCGAAAGUUUUAUUACCGACCUGCAUUGUCUUGCUAAGUAUUGCGAAUUUGGCGUAUUAAAGGAUCAGCUAAUAAGAGAUCGCAUCGUCGUCGGACUGAGAAAUAAAAAGUUGUCUGAGAAAUUACAAUUAGGUCCAGAUCUUACUUUAGCGAAAGCCAUGGCUCAAGCCAGACAAAGCGAGGAAAUCAAGAAACAACAAAACAUUAUUCAUGGCAAAAAUCGACCGGAAGUAGGAGCAUAA